UACUACUAGUAAUUGUAAACUACGCUACGGUAAGUUCAAGGAGCUCAUGGUACCCUGUUAUCAGUCGGACUCUACCCGGUUCCUUCGAACUUCAAACCCUGAGCUAACAAAGUCCGGAUGGCACGACAUUCGCAAUGAAAAGACUCUACUUAACAUGUUUGGUUCAGCUUAAUAUUGUGAAUCAUGGAUGCUGUGCCUCUAGGGUGUCCGGACUUUUGUUAACUCAGGGUUUGAAAUUGUUUGAAAGAACCGAGUAAAGUCCGACUGAUACUUAACAGGGUACCAGAAACCGAAGUUCAAAUAGUUACUACCCUCUAACUCCCUCUAGUGACUACCGCAACUUGUGGCACCAAGUUAGUUCUAUCUAUGACCAAGUUCUAUAACGAGAUACCUGAAUCUCUCAUCGAAUGGAUCAAAAAACAGCACAUGUUUUGGGUGGCUUCGGCUCCCUUGAGUCCUGACGGCCAUAUAAAUCUCUCUCCCAAGGGCAUAGCGGAUAGUUUCCAUGUCGUGAACUCUCGCCGAGUUUGGUAUCAGGAUUUGACUGGGAGCGGAGUGGAAACGAUCUCCUAUAUCAGGGAGAAUGGUCGCGUAACGAUCCUGUUCAAUGCCUUCGAGGGACCUCCCAGGAUUUUGAGAUUGUUCGGAACAGGAACUGUAUACGAAUAUGGCACAGAAGAGUACGAAUCUCUUAUUUCUCCUGAGACUCGGAAGUCGGGUUCUCGUGCAGCUAUCGUCAUCGAUGUGUAUCAGUGUCAAACGUCGUGUGGAUUUGCUGUUCCAAUCUAUGACUUCGUUACACAUCGCACCCAACUCCUCCGAAUGGCCGAUAUCGAAGAACGCCAUAUCUCCCCAGAGAUCCAUCAGACGGGUAUCAAAGCAUAUUGGGCACGAAAGAACUCGAGAAGCAUGGAUGGCCUACCUGGUCUGCUCACAGCACCUGAUUCUAAAGUAACGCCUGUCAAUAAUUUUGACAAGGAAGGUCAAAGACCGAAGUUGCAAUAUUCGUCUUCGAGAGAGGGGAGCGCCCGGAGUAGUGAUGUAAAUUUAGCCAUCAGUUUUGCCCUUGGUGCUUUGGUCGCUACUACCCUUCUUUACAUCCUAUCUGCUACCGGAAAGCUUGAUGUGUUCACCACUCGAGCUUAAUGCGUGCCCAUAUGCACAGCGCUCUUUCCCUUCCAUGUAUGUACUCGGCGUCAUUCUGCUUUGUGUGUUGCGUUGACACAACUGGCUUCGUGUAACCUUGACAUUAUUGAACCGUAUCCAGUCUAGCUAUACACAUUGUUGUGUAUUACGAGAUGGUGAACAUAAGGUGAAAAGUGGCUUAUCACAUUAACCUUCGUCAGUCUCGACUCCC